UAUCUCCAGAGCCACAGACCCAAGCUCACUGCACAACAGCAGACCAGGGGAGAAUGUAAACAAAGACACUGGUUUGGACACCCCUACUCUAAAGAAAAGUGCCAACGGGUCUUCAAUGAGGAGUCAGACCCUCUGUUUUUAAUGUCUUAUCACAUGGAUCUUCUCCCACACCCAGUAUAAACUCCAUGGAACUCAACGUAUCUACUUCAGAGCACCACAAUUCCAGAGAUUCUCAGUAUUUCAAGUGCAUUUUAACUCCUCGUUAGACCAGAGGGUCUCUAUUUUUGGUCAAACGACCAGCUGGGUUCCACCAAGCUCUUACUGGAUCAUCUGCACAGUUGGCUGGUCACAUGGGACUGUCGCCUCCUUGUUUCCACCUGCUAAGCAGCAUUGAAAAGUGCUUAAAAUACAUUUCCAUGGAAUGCCUGAAGAACGGGACCUUAUGACGCCUCCUCAGUCAGCUGAUGUCGUGGAUGAAAACCUCUCUGUUUCCGGCUGCCCCGAGCCCUGGAUCGAACCCACUUUCACGCUAGCAGCCAGGGUCCGUGUGAUCGUCACCAUCUGCUUUUUCCUGAUAGCAGCAUCCAGCAACUCAGUUGUGUUAUACAGCAUCAUGAGGAAGAGAAGGAAGUCCCAUGUCCGACUGCUGAUACUGAGCUUAACGGUGGCAGAUUUACUGGUGACCUUCACGGUCAUGCCCCUGGAUGCUGUGUGGAACGUGACGGUCCAGUGGUACGCCGGGGACCUGCCGUGUAAAUUGCUGAACUUCCUCAAACUCUUUGCCAUGUACUCUGCAGCGCUGGUGCUUGUGGUUAUCAGCCUAGACCGGCAUUCAGCCAUCCUCCACCCCUUUGCCUUCGCUAAUUCCAGUCGACGCAACAGACUCAUGUUAUGCGUCGCUUGGGUCAUGAGCCUUCUGCUGGCCUCGCCCCAGCUUUUUCUUUUUCACCUGCACACUGUCCCGGGUGUCAAUUUUACCCAGUGUGUGACCCAUGGAAGUUUCCAAGAGCACUGGGAAGAAAUCAUCUACAACAUGUUCACCUUCACCACCCUCUACGUCGCCCCACUGAGCGUCAUGAUUGUCUGCUACAUCCGCAUCAUCUGGGAAAUCAGUAAGCAACUGAAGAUCAACAAGGGUCUAGCAAGAAGCAAAAACGACCACAUCUCCAAGGCGCGAAUGAAGACCCUCAAGAUGACCGUUGUGAUAGUUGCCUCCUUCAUUAUCUGCUGGACCCCAUAUUACCUCCUGGGCCUGUGGUACUGGUUCCAGCCAGACAUGAUUCAAAGUAUGCCCGAAUACAUCAACCACAGUCUCUUUCUCUUUGGCUUGCUGCACACGUGCAGCGAUCCUAUCAUUUACGGUCUCUACACUCCUUCCUUCCGAGAGGAUAUGAAGGCGUGCCUUAGAGGAAUAGAAACAGUAAUCACGGGGCAGGAGAGAAACAAACUGAUGUCCAGUUCUGAGAUGAACAUAAAGGACUACAUUAUAAAUGGCGGAGCAGCUUCGGGCGCUUCCAACGGCACAAUCAUCCACACGGUCUGCUAAAGAAAAGCAUCCGGCAGGAGGAAAGGAACUCGGUGCUCUUGAUCGGGGGCGUUGCGUUGGCCAGUACCUCCUAUUAUGGCGACUGCCUGGGAAGUACAGCAGUAACGCUGGCAUGUCGUUCAGCCACCCUCCUCGCCUGGAUUAGGUUCGAAUGGAACAGUCACCAGAAACUGGUAACUGAGAGCUGGCUUCUGCGGCACUCAUGCUGAGUAUCACCGUGCUCUCCAAGGGGUCUGUAAGGGGUCCGGACUCACCCCGGCGGCGCCUCCUGCUGGUCGUCCAGGGAAUUAGCUCACCAGCCUCUGGAGCACCCUCUGCAGGGCGGUGAUCCGCCUUGCUGCCUGUUCUGGCCCCCAUGUCCCUCCCAGGACCCCUUGCCCUGGGUGCUGCCCCCUGGCAAUACCC